AUGUCUGCUCCUCUUCCAACUUUACACCCGGAUUAUGUUUUAUCUGUUGAAUUUCCAGUUCAAGAUGCUAAACUGAGUCUUCCUUCUACUGAAGCUAAAAACAAUUUAGAGAAGUUGGUAACUCUUUUAUAUGAAAAAGGUUUCGCUUCUCAAGUUAGAUCUACUGGAGAUUCGCAAUCAAAUUUGCUCCUUUUUAUAAAACUUUCUACUGCUAGUCUUUCUGAAUUGGUUGAAAAAGAUUUGAUCAAGAAUUACGAAUUUGGUGUCACUGCUAAGAAUGAUACUGAAGCCGAUAAGUUGAGAAUUAUCUACCAAUACCUUAUUUCACCUCCUUCGGUUCAAGGGGUAGGAAUUACUCCUGGUAAAGGUGAAUGGAAGUUCAUUACUAGUAUAUCUCCAAUCACUUCUGUCUUGGAAGACUCAUCUAUAAUUGAAGAUGUCAAGGUCAACUUGACGGAUAGCGACUUUACCACUGCUACUUUGAAGGAUACUUUUGGUGUUCAAAUUUCUUUAUAUUUCGAAUUUUUGAAAUUCUAUAUCAUUUGGUUAUUCCCAUUGGCUGUCAUUGGUGUUGUUUCAUACAUCAAGCAAAAACAAAGCUUUUCUUUAACCUAUGCUUUCAUUAACUUAGUUUGGGGUAUUGGUUUCCUUACCUUCUGGAAUAGAAAACAACACUAUUUGGUUAAUUUUUGGGGUGUUCAAAAUAGUCAUGAGGUCGAAGAGCAUUACUCUCAAUUGGCUACUUUAAAUGAAAAUUUUGAAGAAAAAUCUACUUACAAACGUGCUCCUGGUAAUAAAGAUGGUUAUAGAUUUAUAAAGCAAUUGAGCUUCAUUCCAAUUGCUCUAUUUUUCACUGCUGUCCUUGUUUCUUAUCAGUUGGCCUGUUUUGUCAUUGAAAUCUUUUUAGCAGAAAUUUAUAACGGUCCCGGUAAAAUCUUCCUUACUUUGGUACCAACUGUUUUGAUUUCCGUUUUUGUUCCAAUUUUGACAAUUGUUUUCAAUUUGGUUACUGAUCAAAUUUUGGCUUGGGAAGCUCAUGAUAAUCAAUAUACCAAAUCCAACUCAGUUUUGAUAAAAACCUUUGUCUUAAACUUUUUAACUAGUUAUGCCCCACUUUUGAUUACUUCUUUUAUUUAUUUACCCUUUGCUCACUUGAUUGAACCAAAUUUGAAGAAUAUUCACUCAUCCAUUGCUUCUCAUGUCGAUUCUAAUCGUUAUGUGUAUAAAUAUUUAACUAAUUUGAAAUCUCAAAAAGAAUUUCAAAUUAAUCAAGGCCGUUUGAAUGUUCAAUUUUUUUAUUUCAUUGUCACAAAUCAAGUUGUUCAACUUGUCAUGAAAUAUGUUUUACCUUUAGUUUUGGGUCCUAUUAUUGAAUUUGUUACUUCCUUAAUUUCCGGCAAACCAGAAGUUGAAUAUGAAAUUCAAGAUGACGAGGAAGAAAAAUCUUGGUUGCAAAAUGUUCGUAAAGCUAUAAAAUUACCUGAAUAUAAUGUUCACGAUGAUUUUAGAGGUUUAGCUUUGCAAUACGGUUAUUUGAUUAUGUUUGGUCCUGUUUGGUCCUUAGCUCCUUUGAUCUCAAUCGUUUUCAACGUAAUUACAUUUAAAUUGGAUUACCUCAAGUUGACUAAUGGUAAAUAUUAUAAGCCACCUGUCCCUCAACGUGUCGACUCUAUCCAACCUUGGAAUUAUGCUUUCUUUUUAUUAACUUGGUUAGGUUCUGUAAUCUCACCUGUUAUUACUGCUUUCUAUCGUCAUGGGACUAAACCACCAAAAACUAUUGGCCAAUUAGCAUUAGAUAAAGCUAGUAUUAAUGUUAACUCAUCAGUUUUCUUAAUUUUGGUCUUAUUUGCUUCUGAACAUUUGUUCUUUAUCCUCUACCUCACUGGAUCCAAAUUGUCUAAAUUAUUCAAAAGUCAAGUUGAGAUUGACAAUGAUUUUGUUGAUAAUGAUCUUAAAUUAAGAAGAGAUUUUUACUCCUCGAAAGUUCAAUCUAAUGUUGAACCUGGCCAAGAUGGUGACUGGUCCAAGUUUGGUGUUAAAAGUGUUUUAGCUGCUGCCGCUGCUCUCCCAGCAAAGAAUGUCAAAACCGCCGAACUUUCUCGUGCUGCCAAAGAACAAGAAAAAGAAGAUGAAAAGGUACAAGAGAAACGUGAGGCCGAAGCAAAGAAAACCUCUGAUCAAGCAAAGUCUUCAUCUUUCGAAAAAAGUGGCUUGGAUGCUUCAUCUGGAUUGAAGAAUAGAUCACAACCUUCUGCUGGAGCCGACGCCAAUACUGAUGGUAACCCAAUAAACAGUGCUAUUGCAGCUACAUCUGCAGCAGCAGGUGCAGCAGUUGCUAGCGCCUCUGCAGCAGUAGCACAAGUUACUGAUAAGAUUAACGGUGGUGAUACCUCAGCUGAAGAAAAAGAGCGUUUAAUCAAAGAAAGACAAGAGUUAUUGAAGAAAAAGGAAGCUGAGUUACAAAAAUACGGUGGAGCCUUAGGAGAUCCAUCCAAGUUGAACUCAAAUAAAGAAUCUGGGGAUACUCUUAUCCAAUCAAAAGAUGGUACAGGGAAUAAUGUAUACGCUACUAUUGAUAAUAAUGAUCAUGUCCCUGAAUCCUCUACUAAUGGGGAAUCACCAGCAUCAAGCUCAUCUAGUGAAGGCGAUGAAAUUCAAGAUGAAUCUGCAAUUAAUGGCACAAAUGCCUCUGGGUCCCAAGCUGACAACUUUGUUGCCAACGCUAAGAAGACUGCUAGUGACAUCAACGGAAAAGUUGAUGAUGCCUUGACUGAUGGAAAAGUAAACAAGAAGAAAUCAUCUUUGAAAAAAUUAUUAAAGAAAAAAUCUAGUGGCAGCAAAUAA